AUGUCUUAUAUAAUAUUGGUAAGUUUAGAAUUCCUCUCGUCUAUAAAUACAACGUAUACAUUUCAUCCCCUUUCGCAUGUUGUUUACUUCUUUCGCAACCCCUUUCAGCCUUUUGUAUAGUCAUUUACAAAACUGAUGGGCAUUUUAAACCUUAUCAGUAGUGAUUACUAAACAAUAAAUAGUGUAAUUCUUGUUGAAGUUCAUGCAUUAGUGUAAUAAAGGUGUAAGAGAGACUUGUAGAUGUGGAGGGGGUUUACGUUUCAUUAUUCGGGUUACAAUUAGGUUUGAUGGAAGCUGUUGUAUUACUUUUACUUGAAAGCGCUCACGAAAGACCGAGAAAAUUCCUUUUUUUUUGGUCUGUAUGUCAACAAGUAAUAGAAGAAGUUGUCACUAGGCGUGUGAAUGGUCAGAAUGGGACAUUAUGAAGGUCGCUUUUAGGCUUACAUGGAGCAAAAAAUCGGGCUCUGCCACGAAAUCCCAGGUCUUCUCAAAGUUGGCAUUAUGUUGCAGUAAACAGUUUAUUGUUUUUUGCCAAAUUGUAAACGUCAACACGUUCCUUCGAGACGUUCUUCUCCCUUUAUUCGAUCUAUUUCCCCGCUUUUUGCCUUCUUUUACAUUCCCCAUGAUCAACAUUUUUUAAACCGUUUUUCCCCAAUCCCAUCGCGUUGUAUGGCCUCUCCACGAUUUCACAGAACCCAUGGACCGAAGAGAAUCCUGCAUGUUUAUUCAAACGAUCCUCCCGUUGAUUUCGAUUAUAAAUACCAGAAAAAGUGGAAUGGAUGGGCAAGAAGGGUGUUCCCUGCGCGUUCCGAGGCACAUGGGAUGGAGAGAGGGGAGGGCCAGUCCUCUACUUUCUAGCAUUUUGUUCUUUCCAAAAUUUUUUGUUGUUUUGACCGUUAAUUUUGUUGUAUGCGACCUUAUUUUAGAUUGAAUUUGGUUUACUUUUUGAUUUAUGAUGAAACUUGUUAUCUCUGAGAAUAUUGCCUUUUCUGUCAAUAAUGGCCUUGUGGAUCUCUCCUUCUCUCCAAAAAUAUGAAUGAGAGAAAAGGCACGUGCUUUUGACGAGCUUAUUUUCUUCUUGUUUUGAAAGAAAAUCCUGGUCAAAGAACGUUUCACAUCUCCUGGCGGGUUUGCGACCUGGAUUCGCCUAUUUCCUAAAAUAUUUCGCAAUUUCCCCAAUGUUUGCGCGGUUUUAUAUAAUUUCCGACAAAGUAUUAUCGCAUCUCUUGUCUAAAGUGAUAUAAAAGGAGCUGAGAUUGUCUAAUUUUAGCGAAGAACGAAAAUGAGUGAUCAAUCGCAAGAAGAGGUCCUGAAGGGCGGCCAUGCUCCAGCUGAGAAGGUCGGUGGUGGAAUGAGGAUUGCCAGAAAGGAGAAGACUUCGGUUAGUGGCGGCGAUAACGGUGAAGGCUCGGACGGUGGAGAAGGCGAUGUGGAGGGAAAGGUGCGUAUCAGCAAAGCGGAAUCUCGUCAGGUGAGCUUUUGAAGAGUUCUUUGUUUUGGAUUUUAGGGCUUCAUCUAGUGCUUAUUAAAUAAUCGCCCAAAAAUGAAAAUUUUAGGUCGGAUUGAUGUCAUAUUAGUCUAAUACAAUCUCUUCAGAUCCAACGCGACUUCCCCACCGAUGGAAUCCGUCACAUGCAUGAGAAGCCAGCGCCUUCCCGACAGGCCGACGGCGCUCGCAAGCCUCAGCAAACCCAGGUGUUCCAGCCCCGCAAGGGGCAAUAG